UCAAAUGUCAAAUGCAAAUGUCAAAAUAAUAUAUUUCAAUUACAGAAUGUGGAUAUAUGUUGUGUGUUAAGUUUUGUUUUCAGUGUAAUUGCUUUUUCACAAUUAUUGUAGAAUUUGGUCUAGUUAUUUUGUUAUAUGAGUUUCUUUUAUUUCCGUGAUAACAUUUGUGGGACCAACACUAUGGGAUGUUUGACAUGGAUUCGAGGUCUUAAAAUACAACUACCCUUUAAAGAUAAGGAAUUAAAUAAGAUUGCUGCAUUCUUCAAUGUGAUUACAUUCUUGUUGACAUGCGCUGCUCUAGUGCAGCCCAGUUGGUUUAGGAUUAAAGGUCUUCACUGCACACAGAGCCUGUCACCCGCACAGUUCUUCACAUUUGAUGAUGAUGAUGAUGAUGAUCAGCUGACAAUACAUCAGAAUAAAGAUUAUGAUCCAAUCAAUAGAUCUGACUUUAAUGGCCUACCGCCGUGUACGACUCCGGAGAUCAUAACACUAAUGAGGGUGUUAAUAUUGUUAUGCUUCAUGGUGUUGUUGUGCUCGUGUAUCGGCGUACUGAUUAAUCUGACCAGUCUUAACAGCAAAGCUAUAAAAAUGCUGCGAAGGAACGCCAUACCGAGCAUAAUGUGUGUGUUUUGGGUAAUCGCCAUUGUUGGCGUGUGCUACUACACAACAGUUGUGCUCGGUAACGUCAACAAUAGCGACCCGAACACAAUACAAGUCGACUACGAGUAUGGAUUCUACACUAUAACAGGAGCAGGUGCUCUCGCAUUGUUAGCGUCUGCCGCUAAUUUGUGGGGAGCGCCGUUGUCUAUCGAUGAAGACUUGCAAAGGCGGAACUUGAUGGAGGAUUGGGACGGGUACGAGGCGCACAGUGUGGGGCCCACGCCCGCGGUGCCCGCGCUGCCCCCCUACACGCCCACUGCUGACUACAUAUCCACAUUGCCCUCCAACUUUGCCCCACCAAUGCUCGGCACUCAGCAGUAUUUCCCCUUCGAUGAUCUGUCCAUUCUACCCCCACCGCCGCCUUACACGCCUUGAGCUUUCACAUUAGGUUGAAGUAUAGUUUAUUCCGAUAUCGGUCUUUUUGAUAUAAUGCGGUGUUGACGUUAUCUUUACGUUUACUAAUUACAUUUUAAGGCUUGUGACAGAAAGUGUCAAUAUUGAUACACAAUUGGAAUAUGUUUUAUUUCAUGUCUAGUUUAUUCAAAUUCUCCUAUAGAUAGACACUAAGGUAUAUAGAAGCAAUCACGCUUUUGUAAUUAUAUUUAUGAAAGUCAUCGAUUCUCUGAGUACGGUAGAAAAGGAACAAAAUAAUUGUUAAUAAUUGCUCAGGUUUAUUUUGCAUAUCUUUGUGAUAAAACGCAUUGAAUUUCUACCAUCCAAAGAAACGGGAUAAAAACAUUGUUUAAUACAAGAUUGUUUUUAAAUAACGCGUUAAUUAUGAAUAUGUUUUAAACGCCAAAUAUAGUCCAAGAAGUAGCAGUAUCAUAACAUUGUCCGUAACACUAGUUUUAACGUGUUCAAGCUAUUUUUACCGUUUUGUAAACCGUAUUUUUUAGUUAUUCAAUAGCAAUAUGCCUUAAAAUAUGCUACGAAUAUAUCAUACUAAUGGCUUUUGAAAUCCAAAACAAUACGACAAAAUUAUCUGCUUUCUUGUUCACUAACGCCAUUAACAGUUGAAUACUUAAAAUGAGAUUAAUGCUGUGUUUCUGAUGUCUUCAUUUAUUGCAUCUUUACUUAGUGAUAUUACUAUUAUGUCGACCUAUGUUUCAACGGAAUUAAAUGCAAGUUACGUACGCAUUUCAUGAAGUUAUCGAACCAAUACCACUAACGAAUGGUUAAAUGUAACUCGGAAACCGGUCAUAAAUAUUGUACCUUCGUCUUAAAUGAUUAAUGGUCGGUUUCCUCGUUUUACUCUUUUGAAACUUAGUUCAACUGAUGAAAUGCUAGGUAAUGACAGAAUAAGAAAGCUUUAGCAACCCAGCUUAAGCCAUGCUUAAAUUUUAAAUUCCAUUGAAAUUCUGUCACCUGUCAGAUUGUAAAUGACGCUUACGAAAUGUUUUAGAUUCGUGUCAAUAUCCCGUAGGUCAUAUUAGGUGAGGUUUAAAUCUUACUUAAGCUAUUUAGUAGAUUUCACUGAAACGGCUUAACGGAUCUGAAUGUAAUUGGGCAGAUAUAUGUAGAUUACUGUUUAGAAAAGCGCAUAAAGUUACUAAGUUUUUUUUUUAAUUCUGCGCAGACGAAGUCGCGGUCAAAAACUAGUAACUAUUAAAUAACAAUGUGUUA